AUGCAGCCUCCACCCAGGAAGGUUAAGGAGAGCCAGCAGAUGAAGUUGGUGUUUUCAGAACAGCUGAGCAAACUGCAGGGCAAACAGCAUCAGGACACUGAGCUUCUGGAGGAAAUCAGGACCUUCAGUAAGCAGCGAGCAGCUAUAGAGAAAGAGUACGGUCAGGCUCUUCAGAGGUUAGCUGUCCAGCACCAGAAAAGAGACUGGCAACGAGGAAACACAGAUGCCACCGCCUCUGGGAGUGUGUUUGGUGUGUGGCGGUCAGUGGUAGAUGCUACAGCUCAGUCUGCCGCAUCGCGACUAGCUGCUGCAGAGGAGUACCGCCGCCUGAUUGGACAGGUCUCCAGAAGUCUUCGCAAUGCAAAGGACAUCCGAGCUAAGAGAGGUCUGGAGGGGCUGCAGAGGGUCCAGGGGGAGCUGGUGGAUGCUCUGAGGGAGCUGCAGCGCUUCAAGAAGAGCUACCACCAGCUGAGUCACAUCACCACUGUCGCCAGAGAGAAGUCAGCUGAUGCACAAACCAGGGCCAGAAAGAGUGAACAUGGGAUCUUCCACUUUAAGACAGGACUACAAAAGAUGACUGCUAAGCUCAGCGCCAGGUUGAGGGAGUGUGACGAUCGUCUGACUGAAGCUCGUAACGAGUAUCUGCUGGCUUUAUCAGCAGUCAACGGCCAUCACCAACACUACUAUUCCAACGACUUACCACACAUUAUGGAGCAAAUGGACGGUGAUGUUUAUGAUGACUUGAGAGGCCACUUCACCCUGCUGUGUGGGACAGAGAUGGACACUUGUCUCAGAACACACAAACAGUUCAGCACCAUAUGGGACAGUGUUGCUAAGGUGACCAGAGAGAGAAAUGUGCUGCAGUUUCUCCAAGAGUCUGUCUCCUUCAGCAAAACACCUGAAUUCACCUUCCAGCCCGCUCCAGGUGACAAGGUGUCCACUCUACAGGAGCUCAGCGCUUCAGAAGCAGACGGCUGCCUGGUGAGGGAGGCUAAGAAGUGGGCUACAAAAGCUGCCAAAGACUACAAGAUCAUCACACACGGAGAGAGAGCUCUGCAGACGUUAGAGAGUCGGUUGAAGCUCUUAUCUGGGGACACGUGCCUCAGUGUAGAGCAGAAGAUAGCAGAGGUGCAGGACAGUGUGAGGAAAGCCAAGCUAAGCAGGCUGAAGGCAGAGGCUCGUCUGGCUCUGCUGUCAGACUGCGUCACAGGAAUCGAGCAGUGGCUUCACAACGCCAUGACCCAGGCAGAGGAGGAGCUGGAGAGGGAGAGACGCCUCAGUGAACAGAGGAAGUCUACUGAGGACUUUUCAGAGGAUGAGUUUGAGCUGACUGACUUUGAGGACUAUGAUGAUGAGAACGGAGACAUCUUUGCAGACCCAGUGUCAGCCUCUGGAGUGUGUAUCUACCCGGCAGCCUGCAGAGUUAUCUACAACUACCAGGCUAGCCAGCUAGAUGAGCUGUCAAUCAUUGAAGGGGAGGAGCUUCAAGUGGUUGAGGAUGGAGACAUGGAGGACUGGCUGAAGGUGUGUAACUCGUGUGGUCAGGUGGGGUAUGUUCCUGAGCGCUAUGUGCAGUUCCUCUGUCUACCAGCAGAGGGCGCCUCUCAUCUCGAGGGUUCUUUCAGCUCCAUCUCAUCCAGCGGGACCAAAGAGAGGGCAGGGAGCAGAGGUGUAGCCAGAGCUCUGUACUCCUACCAGGCCCAGAGUGCAGAGGAGCUGUCCUUCCAGGAGGGAGCGCUGAUCCACCUGAUCCGCUGUCGACACGCAGAGGUGGACGAUGGCUUCUGGGAGGGAGAGCUGAACGGGCGGGUCGGGGUUUUCCCAUCCUUGGUGGUAGAGCUGCUCCACGAUGAAAGAGAGGAGGAGGAUAAGGAGGAAGAGUCUCUCCUCACCCCAACCAUGCCUCCCUUCUCCCCCUCCAGCCCGAGCCCCACUAACCCUGGCUGUAGCUCAGCCCUUAGUGCUACCCCCCCUAGCUGUGAGGAGGACACACAGCAGGUAUUUGCAGACAACACAGCAGAGCCUGAAGGCAGCAGCCACAGCUCUCCAGACUUCUCCGGCGGCCGGCUAAGACCAUGUCGAGCGCCUCCUCCUCCUCCAACACACAAGCGUUCUCCUCAGCCCUGAGACUGUGUGUUUACAGGAAUACAGGACGUGUGAGGACCAGAAGAAAUCUGUAAUUGUGACUUUAUUGUAGCAUCUAACAAAAACUGUAAUUUGUUUGUUUGUAUUUGUGAGUAUUUAUCAGUGGUAAGGAACUUAAAGCAGGAAGACGUGUCACCUCAAUGUGAGCAGCAACAAUAAGCUGUUAGAAGUCUUGCUUUAAAAAUGUAACUUAAAGGUGGGGUAGGUCAUU